AUGAAGCUGAAUUGCGAAGUCAUUCGAACUUACGAUGAAUUCAAAAAGGCCCGCGAACAUGAAAAGAAGUUUAAGUACACAUCGGACAUGGACACUUCGGAUGUAACCAUUCAGAUGGGUCGUAACCAUCCUCGUCGAAAGAAUACCAGAGAACAAAGUUCUCCCUCUCCAUCAGUCCAUCACCGAAAAAACCAAGGCGACACCCCGUGCCUUGUUCCACUUAACUCCAGAGCUCGUACCCCAGCAUCCCGCACCUGUCCCGUCUACAUCCAACCAGCCCGUAUAUAUGACGCCGCAGACUGUGCACCAUCUGCCGCAGUACGCUUUGAACACCGCUCCGGAGAUCCCUAUGUNGUUUUAUCCCCACCAUCUGCCCCUUUCUUCCAAACCCCAGGAAUCGCAGCACUGCUCCAGCAGAACGAACAGCUGCAUCGAAAAAUGGACGCAAUGGCGGACGAUCUUCGAUACCUGAAGAUCCGCAUUUGA